GAGUGUUUACCAUGACGCACUUCACUAAAGGAGAGUUCGUGCUAGAAUACAGAGGAGAGCUCAUCAACUCUCUGGAAAGUAACAGAAGACACCGAAUUUACCACAACAACUUGAAAGGAUUUAUGUUCGACUUCAUCUGGCACGAUAAAUUCUGGACUAUUGAUGCUGCAAGGGAUGAUGGCACUCUUGGAAGACUGGUUAAUGAUGAUCACAUUAACCCCAACUGCAAAAUGAAGAGAAUCAUUGUGAAAGGAAAGCCCCAUUUGUGCCUUUUUGCUUUAAGAGACAUAACACCUGGAGAGGAGGUCACAUAUAAUUAUGGAGAUGCUGAUUGUCCCUGGAGGAGUAAAGGGACAAAGUGUGGAAUGGAUGCAAACAAUAAUCGUCUGGAGUCAGGUGCUACCUCUGGAGAUGUUACCCAGUGCACCCAACAUUCACAACAGAAAUCUGCUUCCCACAUCGAGGUGACAGAAAGUGGAAUAGAGGUGGACAGUAAUCGUUUGGAGUCAGAUGGUGCCUCUAGAGAUGAUCAUCAUUGCACCCAACAUUCACAGCAUGAGUCUUCAUUCUGUAAUCUGCAGGUGCCAGAUGAAACAUUUGCUGAUGACCAGUAUUGUAUACCGCAGUCACAAGAGGAAACAAGCACUCCUCAGAUAUUGAACCAGAACUGAAACCAUCUACAGAGCAAGC